GAUAUCAGACCUGGGGAUCUCGUCCUAUGUACGGACAACGAAUCUUACCCCUGCGACCUUAUUGUACUUGCAUCGAGCAAUCUCAACGGGAAAGUCUAUGAAACUACGGGUAAUCUGGAUGGUGAAUCAGCUAUAAAGACGAUAUAUUCACUGGCACCCACGCAAAAACCAUUUGUGGAACUGAUACACUACUGGAAAACACCGGAGCAAGCGACACAGUCUAAGGAAGGACGCCUAGAAUGCGGAGACGAUACGAUUCCAGUGUCCACUGACAAUUUAGCUUUUCGCGGUGCAGUUCUUCGAGUUACUGACUGUAUUGUUGGACUUGCCGUAUACACUGGCAAAGAGACAAAACUUUCACUGAACGCCCAAGGCGGAAAACGCAAAUAUUCGUCAACUAUAGGGAAGUUUAAUACGAUUUUGGUGAUAUUCAUGGCUUUUAUGCUCCUUUUCACCAUAAUUUGCGUUGCUUUGCAAUUCGAAUGGCGAAAAACAGCUCCCGGUAUGGGUUGGUACUUAUACUUUGGCAACAUAACUGUGUUUAAAGUCGUCCAAGAAGGAUUUACAAUUUUAUUUAUAAUGAGUUACCUUAUUCCGGUUUCAAUUGUCGUCACAACGGAAGUGCUUCAGCUGUUUCUGGCUCUUUUUAUAUCAAGAGACCUCAACUUAUAUGACGCCGAAAAAGAUAGGCCUAGUCAAGUGAACUCCACAAAUUUGGCAGACGAACUUGGCCAAAUCGAAUUCCUGUUUAGCGACAAGACAGGCACACUGACACAAAACAAAAUGGAUUUCAAGUGUUACUCCCUGGCCAAUGACGUUUCCGUUUAUAAUAUGGAAGCCGACGGAAUUUAUCUUAUCCGCGAUUGUCAAAAAUUUAGUGAUGUUUUUAAAUCAACCGAUCUUGACUUACAAGAUUCAAGGGAAAUUCUUCAAGAUGAAUACUUUUCUUCGUCCUCCUCCGAAGACGAACUGGAGGAAAUUACUAAAAAGGAACCUGGUGGACCAAUGGCCAGAAGACACUCAAGAUUUAAAUUCCGCAUAGAAGAACUGUCCGAAAGAGCACAAAACUUUUGGAUGAUCGCGUCUCUUUGUCAUACAGUCGAAGCUAAAGUACAUACUAUUGAAGAAACUAAAGAAGAAAUUAUUUCCUAUAAUGCCUCAUCACCCGAUGAAAAGGCGCUAGUAGAAGCUGCUACAAAGUGUGGCUACCAAUAUUUAGGGCACGCUAGCGAUGACGACGCAAAAGAAAGCGAGAGAAAUGUCCACCUUAUUCGGUACAAUAAGGCGGCACUCAAGUCCUUCCCGGAAAUUGACCGGACGUGUCCUGUUUUAAAAGUGCACAUAGACGCGGUGAUUGAGUUUGAUUCCGUACGGAAACGGAUGUCUGUGCUGGUUCGACAUGAAGAUGGCAGGUGCUUUGUGUAUACAAAGGGCGCUGAAGUAACAAUGCUUGAUGCGAGACUGUGCAGUGCUACGCCAUCGGAGGAUCGUGAUGCCAUCAUGUACAAAGUGACAAAUUUUGCCUGUUUGGGAUUGCGGACCCUGGUCUUUGGAAUGCGCGAAGUACAACCAAAGGACUACCAAGAUCUGCUGUCUGGCCUACGCUACGCUCAGGGACUA